CCCCUGAUGGCAUCGAUGUGGCGUCCGGAGAACUAGGAAAUCCUGUUUAAGUGGCAACCCUGGCGCGCCCCCCGCGCCCCACCCCCGCCCGGUCUGUGUUGCUCCCUCCCCUCCGGGAUGCCAAACGCCAGGUUUUGUAACCUUUCCUGGCAAUUUUAGAUUUUGUGUGGGAUUUCCUGUCUAGAAGCAGAUACGAAGAUUUUAGGCUGUUCCAAAGAGGAUUCCUCUCGGUUGUAAACACAUUUUGAAUAUAUCUGAGCCUACAUUAAAAUCCCCGCUGCCAUGAAUGAUUUUCAGUUGUUCAGAUAAACGUUGUGUUUCAGAGAAGCCUGUUCGUUCGGAGGGAAAGGUGUGUUGGGUAGCGUCAUUGUGGAGAGGUGACUGGUGGUGGCAAGGACCUGAGCACAGGCUACCGCAAUUGUAAUUUCCUGCUUCUAGCGUCAAAUAGUGUCUGUUCUACAUUGAGCUGUUGCCGCUAUCGCUGAUGUGGCUUUAUGAAAGUUUUCAGUUUAAAUUCUCAACUGGCAAUUGGCCGAAAAUUCCCAUCUGAAGAAGGGAGCACCCAAAUGCAUUUUGGUUACUGUCUACUCGGCAUAGGAGGGCACCAUCAAGAAUAAUGGAGAGACUAGCACCCGAAGGAAACCAAUGGAUAAUCUUAAACUUCCACCACAAGAAGACUGUAGAGGGCCCUCCCGCACCAAGAACCAUCUGCAGAUCUUUUUCAGUGUUCUUGGAGGUGGGCUGAGAGGUUGAGCAUUGUGUGUCAGCCACCUUGUUCUCUAAAGUUACAAAUUAUAAUACUGUGGUAGAAGCAAAUUCGGAUUCUGACGAUGAAGACAAACUCCAUAUUGUGGAGGAGGAAAGCAUCACAGAUGCGGCUGACUGUGAAGGUGGCGUGCCAGAGGAUGAGCUGCCAGCAGACCAGACAGUAUUACCGGGAGGCGGGGACGGGGACGGCGGUGCCGAGAACUGCUGGCAGGAGGACGUAAAAGAUGAUGAGUGCGACUCCGAUGCAGAAAAUGAGCAAAACCAUGAUCCUAACGUGGAAGAGUUCCUGCAGCAACAAGACACGGCCGUCAUUUAUCCGGAGGCGCCUGAGGAGGACCAGCGGCAGGGCACGCCAGAAGCCAGCGGCCAAGACGAAAACGGAACACCAGAUGCAUUUUCCCAGUUGCUCACCUGCCCAUAUUGUGACAGAGGCUACAAGCGCUUUACCUCUCUGAAAGAACACAUUAAGUACCGCCAUGAGAAGAACGAGGACAAUUUCAGCUGCUCCCUGUGCAGUUACACCUUUGCCUACAGGACCCAGCUUGAACGCCACAUGACAUCGCACAAGUCAGGAAGAGAGCAAAGACAUGUGACGCAGUCUGGGGGUAAUCGUAAAUUCAAGUGCACUGAAUGUGGAAAAGCUUUCAAAUACAAACACCACCUAAAAGAGCACUUACGGAUUCACAGUGGAGAGAAGCCAUAUGAAUGCCCAAACUGCAAGAAACGUUUUUCCCAUUCUGGUUCCUAUAGCUCACACAUAAGCAGUAAGAAGUGUAUUAGCUUGAUGCCUGUGAAUGGGAGGCCCAGAUCAGGACUCAAGACAUCGCAGUGUUCCUCGCCAUCUCUUUCGGCAUCGCCAGGCAGCCCCACACGCCCACAGCUACGACAGAAGAUAGAGAAUAAACCCCUUCAAGAACCGCUUUCUGUAAACCAAAUCAAAACUGAACCUGUGGAUUAUGAGUUCAAACCCAUAGUGGUUGCUUCAGGAAUCAACUGUUCAACCCCUUUACAAAACGGGGUUUUCAGCGGUGGUGGCCAAUUGCAGGCAACCAGUUCUCCUCAGGGCGUGGUGCAAGCUGUUGUUCUGCCGACGGUUGGUCUGGUGUCUCCCAUAAGUAUCAAUCUAAGUGACAUUCAGAAUGUACUUAAAGUGGCGGUAGACGGUAACGUAAUACGGCAAGUUUUGGAGAAUAAUCAAGCCAGUCUUGCAUCCAAAGAGCAAGAAGCAGCCAGUGCUUCAUCCAUCCAACAGGGUGGCCACUCUGUUAUUUCUGCCAUCAGUCUUCCUUUAGUUGAUCAAGAUGGAACAACCAAAAUUAUCAUCAACUACAGUCUUGAGCAGCCUAGCCAACUUCAGGUUGUUCCUCAGAAUUUAAAGAAAGAAAACCCAGCCCCAACAAACAGCUGCAAAAGUGAGAAGUUACCAGAAGAUCUUACUGUUAAAUCAGAGAAGGACAAAAGCUUUGAUGGGGCUGUGGAUGAUAGCACUUGCCUUCUGUGUGACGAUUGCCCAGGAGACCUCAAUGCACUUCCAGAACUAAAGCACUAUAACCCAGAGCACCCUGCCCAGCCUCCACCCCCUGCCCCAGAAGCCGAGAAGCCAGAGUCCUCUGCUUCAUCAGCCAGAGAUGGCGACUUGUCUCCCAGCCAGCCACCUUUAAAGAACCUCCUGUCUCUCUUAAAAGCCUACUACGCUCUGAACGCGCAGCCUAGCGCAGACGAGCUCUCAAAGAUCGCCGAUUCUGUGAACUUACCACUAGAUGUAGUUAAAAAGUGGUUUGAAAAGAUGCAAGCUGGACAGAUUCCGGGCCAGUCUCCUGAACCACCUUCUCCAGAAAAAGGCACGGUCAACAUCCCUGCAAAGAACGAUGAACAGCCUCAACCUGCAGAUGGAAGUGAGCCCCAAGAAGACAGCACAAGUGGACAGAGUCCUCUCAAGAUGACUAGCUCCCCAGUUUUGCCAGUAGGAUCAGCCAUUAAUGGUUCCAGAAGUUGCACAUCAUCCCCUUCACCUCUCAACCUUUCCUCGGCCAGGAACCUGCAGGGUUACUCUUGCGUGGCAGACGGUGCCCAGGAGGAGCCCCAAGUAGAACCUCUCGACCUCUCACUACCAAAGCAACAGGGAGAGUUACUGGAAAGGUCGACUAUCAGUAGUGUUUACCAGAACAGUGUUUAUUCUGUCCAGGAAGAACCCUUGAACUUGUCUUGUGCAAAAAAGGAGCCACAAAAGGACAGCUGUGUUACAGACUCAGAACCAGUUGUAAAUGUAAUCCCACCAAGUGCCAAUCCCAUAAAUAUUGCUAUUCCUACAGUCACUGCCCAGUUACCCACAAUCGUGGCCAUUGCCGACCAGAACAGUGUUCCCUGCUUACGUGCACUCGCUGCCAACAAGCAGACUAUUCUGAUUCCCCAGGUGGCUUAUACAUACUCCGCUACAGUCGGCCCUGCAAUGCAGGAACCACCGGUGAAGGUAAUCCAGCCAAACGGAAACCAGGAUGAAAGGCAAGACACUAGCUCAGAAGGAGUCUCCACCGUGGAGGACCAGAACGACUCUGACUCUACACCACCCAAAAAGAAAACUCGGAAGACAGAGAACGGAAUGUAUGCAUGUGACCUGUGUGACAAGAUAUUUCAGAAGAGCAGCUCACUGUUGAGACACAAAUAUGAACACACAGGUAAAAGACCUCAUGAGUGUGGAAUCUGUAAAAAGGCAUUUAAACACAAGCAUCAUUUGAUUGAACACAUGCGGUUACAUUCUGGAGAAAAGCCCUACCAAUGUGACAAGUGUGGAAAGCGCUUCUCACACUCGGGAUCCUAUUCUCAGCACAUGAAUCACCGCUACUCCUACUGCAAGAGAGAGGCUGAAGAGAGAGACGGAACGGAGCAGGAGCAGGAAGAGGCUGGGCCGGAAGUCCUGAUGAAUGAGCGUGUUGGUGCCCGGGCGUCUCCCUCCCAGGCUGACUCAGAUGAGAGAGAAAGUUUGACAAGGGAAGAGGAUGAAGACAGUGAAAAGGAGGAGGAAGAGGAGGAGGAGGAUAAAGAGAUGGAAGAAUUGCAGGAAGAAAAGGAAUGUGAAAACCCACAGGGUGAGGAGGAAGAGGGGGAAGAGGAAGAGGAGGAAGAAGAAGAGGAAGUGGAUGAAGCUGAGCAUGAGGCAGCAGCCAAGACUGACGGUGCAAUGGAGGACGGAGCUGCCCAGCAGGCAGGCAGCUUAGAACAGAAGGCGAGCGAGAGGAGCGAGCAGCUGUCGGAAGAGAAGACAAAUGAAGCCUAGGAGUUCUAGAAGGAAAUUCUACUUGGUAAUGAAAUUUGCUCUAUAUUACCCACGCUUUUCAUGGAAACACAGCCCCUGUGCUGUGGUUCCUGCUCACUACUGUGUAAUGUCAGAACUGAAAAAAACAAAAUACAAAAAAAAAAAAAAAAAAAAAAAAAAAAAAAAAAAAAAAAAAAUCCGGGUGUGCCUGAACCUCAGACCUAGUAAUUUUUCAUGCAGUUUUCAAAGUUAGGAACAAGUUUGUAACAUGAAGCAGAUUAGAAAACUUUAAUGACUCAGAGAACAGAGGUUUCUUAGCAGGUUACAGGAAGCUGGAUGAGCAUCUGGCAUGUUAUCAGUAUUAUCACUCUUACGUUGGUUCAUUCUUAAGCUGUACAAUGGGAGAAAUUUUAUAAUUUUUUAUUGGUAAACAUAUGCUAAAUCCGCUUCAGUAUUUUAUUAUGUUUUUUUAAAAUGUGAGAACUUCUGCACUACAGAAUUCCCUUCACAGAGCAGUAGAAAGCAGUUCCAGCCGUGCUGACUACCUGUUACCAAGUCAGUCAGGAGGUAGGACCUCUACGUUAGACGCCAUGUUGUCAUUAACAUGUAUUGCUAGCCUUAAGGAAGCAGCCGAGAGAAGAACUGAAGUUUCUUACUCAUGUGAUUUGAAAUGGAGUUCAAAGGUUGUCGUUGAGUUCUGACUGCAGGGACGAACAGUGUUGGUGAGGACGGCAGAGUCGGCAGAAUCAGUGUUGGUGAUUGUGUUUGCGUACGUACGUGGGAGCAACUAUGAAGGAUCUCUAGGAAGCAAGCGUUGGGUCUCUUUUGGCCUUAAGCAAGACCUGUGUGCUGUAAGUGCCAUUCCCAGUAUUUCAAGGCUCUAACUGCCUUCAUUCAGUGUGUGGCCUACAAUAACUAGCAUUUGUUGAUUUGUUUGAUGUUUCAAAAUUCCCAAAUAAAACUCAAAACCACUGACUGUCAGAGAAACUGAAGCACUGGGACAUUUCAUACUUUGGUUCCUCAGUAUUCAUUUUACGUUGAUUGACUUUCAGAAAUCUCUACAGAAACAAAAGGGAAAUUCUCUAAACUACUUCAUCCAUGUACUUGCGUGUCAGACAUGGAUAAGCCAUUGGUAAUUUGGCUCACAACCGUUUCCAAAUGUUAGUUAUUACGGACCCAGUUGAUGAACAACAUUAGCUGAUUUUUACCUAUCAGUAUUAUUUUCUUUCUUUUAGUUUAUAGAUCUGUGCAACAUUUUGUACUGUACGUCUUCAAGCCUGGCAGUAUUAAUACCCUUCUUACUGACACGUACUUUUAGUUUUAGAAAACUUUUAUAUUUAUGUGUCUUAUUUUUAUAUUUCUUUAUUUAUUACACAGUGUAGUGUAUAAUACUGUAGUUUGUAUUAAUACAAUAAUAUAUUUUAGUAUGAAAUUUUGGAAAGUUGAUAAGAUUUAAAGUAGAGAUGCAAUUGGUUCUCGUGCAUUGGGAUUUGAUUUAACAGUGUUCUGUUAACAUUUAUACUCGCCUUGGGCUGUCGAGCAGAGUUUAAAUGGGAAUGUAUUAGUUUUACAACUACAAUCAAGUCAUUCUCCCUUUCCCCAGUUUUUAAUAUGAAACUCUUACACUUUGAAACUCACUGUGUGACUCAUAGCAUGAUGCUCUGCAGUUCUUCUGUUAAGAGUUAGCCCAGCCAUAACUCAUUCCCUUAGCAAGCCAAAUUAGAAUUGCCUUCUGUAAACAGUGUUGGGAACAAUGUUUAACAUGUUGUGCCAAUUUGUUCCUGUAUCCAUGUAUGUAAGCUACCGAUCCGACUCUUCCUUUUAAGUUCCUUGUUACACCAUGGUCAUUUUCUAGUUUUUUACCAGACUUCCCAGCUCACAAUAAAAUGCAUCAACAAGCCUGA